AUGUUGGCACGCGGUCUCUGCGCAGGUGUGCUUGCCCUGGCCUCUCUGAUUCAGGCCGCACCCGCGACUGGUGUCGCUGAUGCUGAGCUAGAGUCCCGGUACAUCUACACUCAGCGCGAGGCCUCCGGGGAGAAGGGCAACGCCGAGUUGGAGUCCCGAUACAUCUACACUCAGCGCGAGGCCUCCGGGGAGAAGGGCAACGCCGAGUUGGAGUCCCGAUACAUCUACACUCAGCGCGAGGCCUCCGGGGAGAAGGGCAACGCCGAGUUGGAGUCCCGAUACAUCUACACUCAGCGCGAGGCCUCCGGGGAGAAGGGCAACGCCGAGUUGGAGUCCCGAUACAUCUACACUCAGCGCGAGGCCUCCGGGGAUAAGGGCGACGCCGAGCUCGAUUCUCAGUAA